UAUUUAAAAUGGAUUUGAAUCAAAAACAACAAUUAUUUACAUCAAAAACUAUUUUGGCGCCGAUGGUAAAGGCUGGAAGAACGCCUCUACGCGUUCUUGCAUUAGAAUAUGGAGCUGAUCUUGUUUAUACAGAGGAAAUUGUUGAUCAACGACUUCUAAGCUGCAAACGGAUCGAAAAUGCUUCCCUCGACACAAUUGAUUUUAUGAAUGGUGAUGAUGUUGUUUUAAGAAUUGCUGCAGUUGAAAAAGAAAAAUGUGUUUUACAAAUUGGUUCAAAUUCUCCAGAAAAUGCAGCUGAAAUUUGUCGUCGAUUUUCUAGUGAAUGUAUGGCAAUUGAUUUAAAUAUGGGAUGUCCAAAACCUUUUUCUGUUCAUUCUGGAAUGGGUGCUGCUUUGUUGAGUGAUCCUGUUAGAGCUAAAGAGAUUUUAACUGCAAUGGUUGCUGCUGCUCCUCAUAUACCUAUUACUUGCAAGAUUCGUCUAUUAGAUUCGCCUGACAAAACAAUGGAAUUUGUAAAAAUACUCGAAAGUUGUGGACUUUCAGCAAUUGCCAUUCAUGGCCGUCAACGCAAUGAACGCCCAAAUCAUGAAUGUCGUUAUAAUGAAUUGAGGGAUAUUUCUCGUUAUUGUUCGACUCCAAUAAUUGCAAAUGGUGGCUCUUCAGAUAUUCAAACAUUUAAAAAUAUUGAAGAAUUCAAAGAAUUAACAGAAGCAAAAAGUGUAAUGAUUGCAAGGUCAGCAUUUACAAACCCUUCAAUAUUUUGUGAAAAUGGAUUGAAUUCAAUGUCUGUUGAAAUUUCAAAAUUUUUAGAAAAGGCCAGCCAGUUUGACGAGAAUUAUACUGCUGCAAAAUAUGUUGUGCAAAGGAUAUUGGGCAGCCAACAAGUAAUUUAAAUUUUAAGAAACUCGAAUGUUCUUGUGCCCCGAAACCCGGUCCUAAAUAAAUUUUCAAUAUCCAAUAUUCGACCCAAAAUCCGGUCCCAAUA